AUGGCCCGCUCGGCGGCCAUUGGAACUUUGAUCAAUGAAUUGAUCGUCGCACUAGCACAAUCGGAUAAGGCUUCUACCACUUUUUCAGCCACUAAAAAGCGCUGCGAGGCAAUUUUAAAGGACAGCAGCACUUGGAACCGCACUGAUCCAUUUGCUGUAGAGAAGCAACUGGAUGGCCUGCAGGAGAAAUUCCGCGUCCUCAACAAGGAUGACCUGGCAGACGCUUUGGGUAGUCGUCUAUCGGAGUUAGAAGGACAGCGCUCGUCAUGGACGCCGGAAUUUCUGUCUCUCUUGUUGCAGCUUUCUGACCGCCCUGCCAAUGUGUCAAGUGUGCCUAAAUUUGAAACAUCCAACUACGACAACGCGUCGGUUCAACUUAAAUGGUCAGAAUUAGAUGCUGCUGGAUCUGAGUUUGCCGACGAAGAUAUCUGGGCCGAUGUUGACUAUGGCGCAGCUUCUUCUGAUUCAGAGUCUUCAACCGCUUCAAGUGACAUUUCGAUCCCGAGGAUACUACCUCAAAGAGUACGGCCAUUGCGAGAUGAGUUCGUGAUACCUGAUGAACUCCUCACAUCCGGGGAGGAUGACCACCUGGUAACCACAAUCAAAAGUGGUCAUUUCUGGGAGUACGACUCGGCUGCUGUACGCGAGUUCUCCGAGAGUCAUACACGUUUCAUCACAGAGCUGCAGGCAGCGCGUGAGAUAUUAUUCAUGCUUCAGGGACUACCUACAUCACUAUUCUGGCAGAUCGAUAAUAGCAUCGCUGUGGAUAGAAGAUACGCUCUUAGUCACGCCUCCAACGCAGCUUUCUUACAUAUACUUCGUUCUUGUGCUGACAUUGGCGUGGAACUUGGAAAGCUCAGAAAAUUUGUGCAGAUUCCACAAUCUGUAGUAUUCCUGCAAACAUUCACCAGGGGUGUUGAGAAAGAACUUGCAGAUUUCGAUGCCGUUUUAUCAAGAAUGCAACUAAGUUAUCUUUCGCCUGGCAAGACCGUCACGGUCAGUCUGUUACAGUUGAUAGAAGAGGUCCAAAAAGAAGUCCGAGUCCUUUUGCUGCUGGCUGACCUCGUCAUCAAAUUGGGAUCAGCACCACCAGAGCAGUCGUUCCUUUGUCUAGACUUGCUAUACAAACUAGUUUGCAUCAAUCAAGCCUCGGGAAACGAACACGAAUACAAGUCUCUCGCAAAGCUGUUCUUCUCAUGCUUCGAGGCAUAUGCACAGCCACUGCGCUUGUGGUUAAGAAGUGGAGAUCUCGAGGCUUCUCAAGAUUAUUUUUUCAUUACUGAUUGUGGUCGCGACCAUGACUUGCAGAUCCUAUGGCAUGACUGGUAUCUUCUGAAGGAGACGUCUGGUCAUCUUCAUGCGCCGACAUUUAUCAAACCAAGUGCCCGCAGGAUCCUCACCACAGGCAAGAGCAUGGUUUUUCUACGAAAUAUGAAUGUCGCAACUGACGAGCUGGAGUCAGCCCAUUGGCAACCGCUCGACUUUGAAGCUGUUUGUCCAGAUGAUAUAACCUGGCAACUCUUACCUUUUUCCAGUUUAUUAGACCAGGCCGUCGAGAAUCUAAUUUCGACGAAUCAUACCCUCGCUUCCAGUAUGUUACGAGAACAACUCAACAAGGAAUGCGGGUUAUGGACAUCGCUUUCCGCACUGCAAUAUAUCUAUUUAUGCAAAGACGCCUCCGUCUCCACCACAAUCGACAGCAAAAUCUUUGAAUCGCUCGAUAAACGCGGUGGUGUCUGGAACGAUCGAUUCCUUCUUACCGAGUUAGUGCAAAGCGCAUUCGGCGAGACCGAUUGUGUCGAUACAUCCCGACUCGUUGUGCAUUCGGUUCGCAAGACUUUCCACGACUUUGAAAGUCAGAGUCGAAAAGUCAAGAUUCUCAAGUUGAUUUCAAUAGACUAUGUCCUCCCAUGGCCUGUCGCUAAUAUCAUCACAAAACCUGCCAUGACCAUGUAUCAACGUAUUUCCACAUUUUUGAUGCAAAUACGACGCGCAAAAUUCAUUCUUGAACGACAACGACUGCUCAAAAAGGAAGAUACUGACGACGUCGAUGAAGAUGAAGAUGAAGAUGACGGUAUGGGAUAUAUCAUCCGGCACAACCUGCUCUGGUUCACAAACAUCCUUUACGGCCACGUUACAGAUAUGGUAAUAGCCACAAACACGGCGGCUAUGGAAAAGAGGCUAGCAGAGUCCCCAGAUAUAGACAGCAUGAUUUCCGUGCAUGAAUUGUACAUGUCUGCGCUUGAGGAGCAGUGUCUUCUCUCGCACAACUUGGCGCCUAUAUAUCAAGCAGUCAUCAAUCUGCUUGAUCUGUGCAUUCAUUUUGCUGAUAUUCAAGCUGCGCGUCAUGGAGAGGCGAAUCGAUACGAUACAUCGUAUCGCUCAUCUACUGCCCUCAAUGGCCAAAGGCAAUCAAGACGAAGACGUCGCCGCAGACGAACAGAAGAUAGCUCUGACUCCGAGGAUGAUGAAGCCCACGAUGGUCAUGAGGACGAAAAUAACGAGGAUGACGACGGUAAUGAGACUUACUACGACGAAGGUAAUACGACCAGCAUAUCAUUUAUUGAAUCAUCUUACUCCCACAGACUGGAGCAUGUCAUGAGACAGUUCCAUCGAUUACUAGCGUUUGUCAUUGCGGGAUUGAGGGGUGUGGGAAGGGUAGAUGGACAGCAGAGUUGGGAUAUACUCGCUGAUCGAUUGUCGUGGAAUAUACAAUCAAAGAAGUGA